CCCAGAGCAGCUUCGAGCUGCCUGACUGCAUGUCAGCCAGCUAGCUGGCUAGCUGUAGCAGGAGUCGUUACGAGCAGCUGUCAAGCCCCCACAUCUCCAUGAAACGUGUUGGGGUUGCGGUUCAGAGUCCAUGUUUUUAGCUCGCUCUUUGUUCAAGAUGUCGAGUCACAAUCCUUUGUUGAGGCUGGAGCAGCGAGCGACCGAGGCUGACCAGAUCAUCGAGUACCUCAAACAACAAGUCCAGCUGCUGAAGGAGAAAACCGUGGUCCAGGCCAGCGUCAGAGAAGAGAAGAAGCUGAUGGUGGAGAAUGCCAAACUGAAGAAUGACAUCGAGGAACUGAAAAAACAGCUGCUGGAAAAAGAGAAGAAGAAGGGAGGGAGCCACUCGAUGGCCAUGCCGUCCAGUGACCACGGCGUUGAGUGCAUUUCCAAGCCCGGCCCUCCUAAACCGUCUGGACCGGCAGCUUCUGCUUCCCCUGCUGCUAACGCCCAGAGCCCCCCCCUCAAAGAAGAGGGUAAGAAGAAGAAGCCAGAAAAAAAAGGAGGAGAGAAAGCUGAGAAGAAGCAGGCCCCCCCCAGCCAGGAAGAUGCCAAGGUGGACGUGUCUCGCCUGGACCUGCGCGUCGGACGUAUAAUCACAGCCGACACGCACCCAGAUGCCGACAGUCUAUAUGUGGAGCAGGUGGAUGUCGGGGAGGCUUCUCCCAGGACGGUGGUCAGCGGACUGGUCAAGCACAUCCCUCUGGAUCAGAUGCAGAACCGCAUGGCAGUCCUGAUGUGUAACUUGAAGCCAGCUAAGAUGAGAGGGGUCGUGUCCCAGGCGAUGGUCAUGUGCGCCAGCUCUCCAGACAAGGUGGAGAUCCUGGAUCCUCCGAGCGGAGCGGCACCAGGGGACAGAGUUACUUUCCAGGGCUUCCCAGGGGAACCGGACAAAGAGCUGAACCCGAAAAAGAAGGUGUGGGAGCAGGUUCAGCCGGACCUUCGCACCGAUGGCCAGUGCGUCGCAACUUACAAGGGCGCAGCCUUUGAAGUCGCCGGCAAAGGAGUCUGCAAAGCCCAAACCAUGAGCAACAGUGGAAUCAAAUGAAAUCGCAGAGCUGCUUGAAGUGGCGCAGUGUUUACUCGGCAUUCUGCUGCGCAGCGAUGAAGAUGAUGUAGUUAAGAAGUACACGGGCGAGGAAUGGAAGUUAAUGCCUUGAAGAUGUUCAAUAAAGGGAUUUGAAAAGUACA